AUGCAGGGUUCUUCUUGUAGCCCCACUCUGGGAAAAUCAGCACUGAAUAGACGACUUAUCACAGAUGCUGACUGCGGCCCCAUGGCCCGUUCCUCUGAGACGGGACCUCCUUUCUCAGGCGGAUGGAACGAUUUGGCAUCCGCACCCAGAGCUGUGGUCUCUGCACCUUUGGUGGCUCGACGGGAACCCACGGACCAUGGUGAAAACCCGACCCCCUGUGACGUAUCAGUGAUAAUGUCAUUUCUACAAGAGCACUUGGAGAAGAGACGAUCCCCCUCCACGCUCAAGAGGUGCCAGAAGGCUUCAUCCGCCUUGCCCUCCCACUGUCCCUUCAUGGGACCUGCCCACGUGUUUGUAUGUGUGUUCAUUCUUUUAGAAAGCACUACAAUAGCAACAACAUCAGUCACACCAGCAGAAACUACAACGACUGCACCAACACCAACAGCAGACACAGCAGAAAGCACUACAAUAGCAACAACAUCAGUCACACCAGCAGAAACUACAACGACUGAACCACCACAAACAGCAGACACAGCAGCCUCUACAACAACAACUCCAUGGUCAGCACCAUCGAUAUUUUAUCCAUUCGGUGCAGCAGCAGGAGACACUGAAAUUCUUGAAAAUGGUGGUGAUACCUAUCGACUUGUUGGCUUCUCUGCUCCAUUUACGUACUUUGGCCGCAAAUACAACAGCAUUUACAUUAAUAAUAAUGGACUCCUUACAUUCGUCCAACCUUUACCAGAAGCUCACCCUUACGCUUUUCCAACACAUGGAGCUGAAGAUUACAUUGCCGCCCUCUGGACUGAGCUUGAUGACCUUGGUAUAGGUAGAUACACAUAUCAGGAGUACACCAAUGGAAGUAUCCUCACUCGUGCCACUCAGGAUAUAAACCAGUAUUUCCCUGGACGGGGCUUCACUGCUUCGUGGGUCUUUGUUGCAACAUGGGACUAUGUGCUAACAACAGAUAUUAAUGUAUUUAAUCAACACUCAGCACCGGCAAUUACGGUUCAAGCAGUUUUGAUUUCAGGUGGUGGUUUUUCUUUCCUACUGAUGCAUUAUGGUGACUGUGCUGGGGAGUAUUUUCCAGUGGAGGCUGGAUACGACACAAUCGGCUCCACUGACUACUACGUAAUUCAUUAUAAUCCAUAUGAUGGAUACUACAUCCCAAACCUCAAGACCACGAGUAACGUAGAUGUUCCAGGUCGUUGGGCCUUUCUUGUGAACAAUGGAACAGAAAUCGUCAUAGGACUUCAAAUGAAACUUCAGUCAUUUUUAGACCUAAAACAGAGCGGAAACAUGGAGGUUGUUCUGCAUCAAAUAAAACAAGAGCUAGUCAAUCAUGGAGUGUCAAGUAACUUUGAGCUGAAGUUAAGAAAAGUCAAAAAGACUUAAAAGUCGUAAUGCAUGGAUAGGAAUUAAAACUCGAAAUGUUGUUGCCGUAGAAGAUGUAGAAACUGAUAAAAAGAGGAAUGUAACUCCACAAGAAGGAAACGUAUAAUUCUGUUCGCUUCUACAUGUCUCAACAAACAUGAUUUAGCACAAAUAAUGAAAUAAUGUGUACAAAUUAAUUAUAUACCAUGUUUAUUUAGCAUGAAUAAUAAUCAUUGAUUCUCCUGUUUUGUCCCACUUCCUGAAAAGUUUCAGGGGUUUCGAAUCAAACUGAUCUAUAUGUGAACUAUGAGACUAAACCUGUUCUUCAUCUACACCUCCACUUACUUAAAGCAUUCAUCCAUGUCAAAAUUCCUUCACGUAGUCUACUUGUUUAUGGUGUAAACUAUGUUACUUUUGAGAACUUUUAGAACAGCAGGUUUUGCACAGUUGGCAAUGACGUGCAAACUCUAAUGUAGGUGUGGUCAUAAUUUAAAAGUUUUGUUUAUGAUUUUUGAGGA